AUGAGGUGUCUGGCCUUGAAUUCAGUUGCCCUCAUUGUCUUUACUGCUUUGCUCACAGUUCCAACGACAGCCAGGCCAGGGAGCGUGUGGAGUGUUCAUAUUGACAACGAGCCGGCCCCGCCGCCAGACGAAGGACCUCCCAUCUCAGCAGGAGCUCUCAGGGACAAGUCCAAGCUCAAAUUCGAGAUCGCUGGUAUUUUGGGGGCUUACGUCUGUUGGCUUUUGAUCAGUUUUGUUCUCUACAUCUUUGUUGGAAAAAGACUUCGACGGAAAUACCAGACUUCUAACCGUACGUUGAGUAUGGAGAUCAUCAAACCAGCACCACUGGCCAACAAUCCCACCAUGAACGUUGAAGCACCCUUGAGGAGUCCUGGAAAGAUGGCCAGCCUCAAGUCAUGGGCCAACGGGGGACGCACCCAUUCUCGCAAAGAAUCAAAUGUGACGGUCUCGACGAUCGACGAGAGAAUCCUCGAAGCAGACAAAGCCAAGAAUAUGGAUGAAAUGACCAAGUUGUACGCUGCUGUCAUGUUGCACGAUGAGGAGAAGUCGCAAAAAACGCAGAGCAGUGCUCAGGCGACUCCCAGGAGUCCCUAUUUCCCCCAACACGAGGCUCUCCCUCCCACACCUCGCUCCGCUUACAACAACCCUUCAUCACCUCGUUCGCCAAACUACCAGCAGGCGAGUGGCGCAGGCCCCCUGUCUCCUCGGUUUCCUCCUGAAUUCCAACAUCUUUACAAGCUUCAGACGGACGAAAAUUCUCCUCCUGCAUUGGUCCAUCCGCUGGCUCCAACCCCGGACGAAGACCCUUCGGCGCGGGCAGCGUCGCAGAACAGCCGCAAAUCGAAACUGAUUCCUUUAUCACUCAUCUCCGGUCGAAGAGAGUCCGACGCUCAGAACAAAAGACGACCUAGCCGAAUCUCCGUCCGUGGUCAGCCCAUUUCAGAGCCCCUCGGCUCGGCUACCCUUACCGAGUCAUCUGUAUAUUCCGAAAAGAGUAGCCUGUCGCCUCGACUAUACAACCCCGGGCCACCACCGCCGACUCCAGGACAGAAAUCUGCCGUAGCGUUGACCGCCGAGGUCGGGAUCGAAAAGAAAGGCCCGCCCGCUCCACUAUCUCUCCGAAGUACGACAGCCUCAAACAGCUCGAGCACUUUGCCUUUUCGACAAAUGUACGAUGGCUCGUUGAAGAGCGCUCCACCAACAAAGACGACCUUCGUGGACCGCCGCGAGAGCAUCCUCGGAGUGCAUCCGAAGACCGGAGUGCCUCAGACACCAUACAGCCCAUACAUGCCAAUGACCCCAAUGACUCCCGUCACUCCCCGGAUGCUGGUAACCAAGAAAGAUAGAAAGAGGAUGAAGAAGGAAGGGUUGAAGGUCCUCAGCGAGGAUGACAUGGUCAUGAGCGACGAAGACAUGUGGGGCGAGAUGAAGUGA